UGAUUUAAGUGGGGUGAGCAGUGAGCAGAAGCCACCUCCACAGAAAUUUGAUUAGAUUCACUCUCCGGAAUGUCGUCAACUGCCGCCGUCUUCUCCGUCUCCGCCUCAUCUUCCCUUGAACCCUUGGGAACAAUCCUCACCAUAGACCGACUCUUGCUACCAUCUUCAUCUUCGCCAUUUCUCGGCAUCAGCCUCAGACGACGCUCGCUUCGGUCGAUCCCUCAUGGCAUUGGCAGGAGUAGGACUUUCAAACCUCGACGCUCUAACCUCAUCAUGGAAUGGCAGGACUGCACGGUUAAAAUGGAAAUCGAUGUGCCAAUUUCGAUAGCCUAUGAUUGUUAUUCUGACAGGGAAGCGAUUCCUCGUUGGAUGCCAUUCAUUUCAUCUGUCAAGAUAUUUGAAGACAAGCCUGAGCUAUCACGGUGGUCUCUGAAGUAUAAAGCAUUUGGGCGUGAUCUUGAAUUCUCAUGGAUUGCUCGUAAUAUGCAGCCAAUCCCAAAUCAAAAAAUCCACUGGAGAUCUUUAGAAGGUCUUCCCAACAGAGGAGCUGUACGGUUUUUUCCCAAAGGUUCUUCAUCUUGUUUAGUUGAACUAACUGUUUCAUAUGAAGUACCUCAAUUAUUGGCCCCUGUGGCAUCUGCAUUACAACCUUUUCUCGAGAACUUAUUGGGACGUGGGUUAGAAAGGUUUGCAAAUUUUGCAAGGACAUACCACCCAGAUUCAGCCUGACUUCAGUCACAAGUUGGAUAAUGUGUUAAUGAAAUAGAUACUUGUUUCUUAUGUACAUACAACAAAGCAUGUCUUUUUUGGCUAAGUAAUCCCAUAUAUAUAUAUGUAAUGGUAAUACUAAUAGGUAGACAUUUGCUGCAAACAAUACUAGUUGGCUGGCAGAAACAACACAAGUUAAAAAGACAAUUGUUGCCUCUGGAAAUGCUCAUUAUUUUCCAUUAUUGGUAAAUAUCUAUCCUUAGUAA